AUGAAGACGCCAACGACAGACGAUGUUUACGCCUACGCUCUGUCUAAGACUCUGACGAAGAUUUCUUCACCUGCAACCGUGGGGCUCUACUCGUCGUGUCAGGACAGGGUUUCCCUGAUCCUGGAGCAAAUGGAAGAGCACAUGAGCCGUGAAGCGUCCAAGAUUGAGCAGAAAUGUGUCCAAAAGCCAAAACCUCGUGCAGCGAAGCCUUCGUUGACCGGCUUCAUGGCCCUGAUCGGGAGGCUGCUUUUCUACAAACCCGUUUGGACCACAGUGAAGCAGCACCGCAGCAACAUCAGGUUCAUUCACGUGCAUUUUAGCGCUUGGCAUUUCGCAGGCAGCGACCUGCUCUGGGCCGGGAUCGCCAUACGGCUGUUUCGUGCCAUGCAGAUGGAAUUUGGGAAACUACAGCUCGCUCUGUACAGAGUGGCUCAACAUGAUGAAAAGGAUGAAAUCAAGAAGAAGGUUGUUAAAAGUUCUCCAAAUGAGUGGAGUUCCAAAAAGAUUUGCUGUUUGCCCCUGUGGUUGUUCAUCCUGUCCAUCCUGGUGAUCCCAGUCGUCCUCCUGGUGGUGUGGAUUUAUGGUCUUCCUAAAUCUGAAGUAAAACCAGAACCGGGGUCAAACAGUACAAAUGGUGGAACGGAAAAUGACAGGAUCAGCGGGGUGAAUGUGCUGGAGAGCCUCCUCAUUGCCUCGUUAGGACUCCCUGCAGCGAGUGCGCUGAGGUUUACCUUUCAGAUGGGUAAGAACCUCAUCUUCAGCCAGGAACUGAAUAUAAGGAGGGGAAUGGACAACGACAGGAUCAGCAGCCAGCUGGGAUUCAUGAACGAGGUCAGGAAGGAAAUGUGGUUCCUGUCUCAAUUCAUCCAGUUCAUGGAGGUUUUCGAAAGGAGGAGGAUUCGUGUCGUGUUGAAAAUCACCAGUCUGGACCGUUGCUCCCCCAGGAAUAUCGUGGCAGUCCUGGAAGCCAUCAACAUCCUGCUGUCAGAUGACGAGAGCCCGUUUCUUUCGAUCCUGGCUGUAAAUCCAAGCAUUCUGCUGGAGAAAGUGAACUCUGCAGACGGCUGCAUCUGCAGGGAGGACAGAGCUUACGCACUGCUGAACCGCAUCGUCACUCUGGCCUUCACUGUCCCACCGCUGUGCGAAGAUUUAAAGCGUGAUUUGUUUUACAGCCUCAUUGGCAGCUCAAGAAUCUCAGAGGAGUCCUCCUUUAUGGGUGGCGCACAGAGAAACAAGACAUCUUCCUCUGAUCUGGCUUUAGUGGAGGUGAACGAAUCCAAACCGCUGAUGGAUCGAAGUUCAGCUGCAGCAGAUGAGCAGGAGAAGAAAAUGGAAACACUGGUUUGGAGAAUCCUGAGCAGCAGUGAGAAGAAACUGAACAAAUACAUGUCAGACGACACGCUCUCCAUGAAAAGGACGAUCAACUCUGUUUGGGUAACGCUGAUCAUCAUGAAGGCCCUGAAGAGGGAGCUUCCUAACCCAGAGACCAUCCCAGCGUGGGUGGUCUUGGCCAAUCAGUGGCCUUGUCGUCUCAGCUGGAUCAUCCAGUGCGUGGAGGACGCCAAUCAAAGGGCGGCUAUCGAUCAGAAGCAUUCGAGCAUCGAUCCUUCAAAGACCUUGUGGGAAGUCUUCAGCGAGUCCCGGGAGGAGCUGUACGUGAUGCGCGCACACAUCGAGGAUCUCCUGGAGCAGGACGGAGACCCUGAACUUUUUGAAGAACUACUCAGAGAUGAAGGUUUCGAGUUCACUUUAAACAACUUGGAGAUAUUCCAGGAGGCAACGGUGAACAUGGAUCAGUCCAUCAGGAGGGAGCUGGCUCUGAUCAGGGGGAUGUCCAGGCUGAAGGAUUCUGGUUGGAUCAGGAACAUCGCACCCCUGCCCAUCACAGCUCUCAUCAAAAUGAGCACAGCUGAUGUGUGCAAAGAGAUGGAGAGAAUGGAAUAUGACACCAAGUACAUCAACAUAGUGAAGGAACAUAUGCUCGACGGCUCUGCUCUGGUUUUUGGUGACAUAGAUGACCUCAAAGCCCUCCUGGGUAUGACAUUUGGUGAAUGGGCGACGUUCAGACUGCACUUCUUGAGUUUACCACCACAUCUCCGACAAACGUACAAGAACAAGUUCCCACCAUCUGGUUAUUCGAAGAACCAGCUGUCAAGAUUCCUUCAACACAUCCCCAGUCAUUACUCGUCUAGUUCCAGUCUGGGUAACAGCUGCAUUUAGCAAUCCCGACCAUCAACUUUCACGUUAUCAAAAACUGAGACGCAGAGAGAGCAGGUCCAGGAAGGAAACCCAGACUUGGCUACUCUAAAUUAAUCUCCCAGG